GAGAGGGAGACAGACGGUGGGGAACGGAGAGGCAGAAGGGGAGAGUGGAAACCGCAGUAAGGAGAAAGAAGCGAGGGGGAGGGGUGGAAGAGGAAGAGGAGAGAGUUGGAGAAAGAAGAGACAGGAGACAGAGGAAGAAGGAAAGAAAGGAAAACGAGGGUUAAAGGUACAUGAAGGAGGGGAGAAGGGGGAUACAGGGUGGAGAGAAGACCUCAGAAGGAGAGAGAACCAAGAGUGGGGAAUUUGGAAGGGAAGAAGCCAUGGAGAGAAGCAGUGGAGAGCUGGGGAGACAGGCGAGCUGGGGUCUGGAAGAUGCCCCGGGCCUCUGGGCCAUGGCCUCCCUGCCCCUCAUUCCCGCAUGGCCGUUGCCUCUGGCCUCCUCGGCCUUUACCCUGCUCCUGGGAGCCCUCACCUCCCUUUUCCUCUGGUACUGCUACCGCUUGGGCUCCCAAGACGUGCAGGCCCUGGAGGCUGGGAGUCGGGCUGGAGGUGGUCGUGGGGAGCCUGGGGGGUGCUCUGAGGCUGGCAGGCCAAGCCCAGGGAGUCCUGGGGAGUCUGGGGAAGGCCCCAGGACAGAAGGCCUGGUGAGCCGUCGCCUGCGGGCCUAUGCCAGGCGCUACUCCUGGGCAGGGAUGGGGAGGGUGAGGCGGGCCGCUCAGGGGGGCCCCUGCCCUGGGGGAGGGCCAGGGGUCCUGGGCAUUCAGCGCCCAGGCCUGCUUUUCCUGCCAGACCUGCCCUCCGCCCCCUUUGUGCCACGGGAUGCCCAGCGGCAUGACGUGGAGCUCCUGGAGAGCAGCUUUCCUGCGAUUCUGCGGGACUUUGGGGCUGUGAGCUGGGAUUUCUCAGGGACGACCCCUCUGCCUCGGGGCUGGUCCCCACCUCUGGCCCCUGGGUGCUACCAGCUCCUGCUGUACCAAGCCGGCAGGUGCCAACCCAACAACUGCCGCCGGUGCCCCGGGGCCUAUCGGGCGCUGAGGGGGUUGCGGAGCUUCAUGAGUGCCAACACCUUUGGCAAUGCUGGCUUCUCCGUCCUCCUGCCGGGGGUCCGGCUUGAGGGCCGCUGUGGGCCCACUAAUGCCAGGGUCAGAUGCCAUCUGGGCCUGAAGAUCCCCCCUGGCUGUGAGCUGGUGGUUGGGGGCGAGCCCCAGUGCUGGGCUGAGGGACACUGCCUGCUGGUGGACGACUCCUUCCUGCACACGGUGGCUCACAAUGGCGCCCCCGAAGAUGGGCCUCGCGUGAUCUUCAUCGUGGACCUCUGGCACCCCAACGUGGCCGGGGCUGAGCGCCAGGCCCUCGACUUUGUCUUUGCACCAGACCUUUGACAGGGCUCCCUUCAGACACCGGGGCUGGCGAGAUGCUGCAUUCAGAGGUGGCCUGGGUCGUGGCCCGGCGUGCGAUGCAGGGGGUGGGGUGGGACUGCGGCAGAACUGGCGGGUGAACACGGAAAUACAGCUCUUGUCUCCUCUCCGAAUUCCUGACUACUUCCUUCCCAGCUGCCCGCCCAGAGAAAGCGUGGGGGCAGCGGCACAUGUCUUCUCCCAUCCAACGAGCUAGGUACCUCCUUCACACAAGCUAGCUCGCUGGCCCUCUCCCCGGGACUCAGCCGCGGAGCCCCGACUAGACUUUAUUCCAAUAAUUUAAUAGAAAAUUAAAAUAAUAAAUAACAUGAAACAGAUUGAGAAGAUAGCUGAACUGGUGUAGGCCCAGCCAGCCCAAGAUAAAGGGAAGGAGGGAGGGAGGCAAACGACCCCGCACGACCCCACACAACAGUUGGAGGCAGCUCAGAACGUGGUGGGUGUUCCGAAGGGCUGGCUUGACACUUUGGCAUGGACAAUGUACUAAGUAAAGAGAACAGGAAUUCUAACUCAUUGUAAACCAGCUGAUGAGGGAAGAUGACAGGGCCAG